ACCAAAAUAAGACAUAAAACAGUAGAUGAUUACUCCAUAUCAAUGAUACAAUAAAAACUAACAACAAUGUAAACAUUAACCUAUAAGAUUAUAUAAAAAAAUAAGGGGAGGGAGACAAAAAAUUCUGCGUCCAGAUGGUCUUUAAAUUUGUCCCGGACUGUUCAUCAGUCCCCCUCCAUGUUUAUUCUAUUUCCACCUGGAAAGUGGGCAACCAGGGUUUUGGUUGCCACUUUUUGGGUGAACUGUGUAGCUAUGCUGUAAUGUACACGGGUUAGGAGCAGGGAGCUGGGAGAGGAAAGUGAUGCCUUUCCUCACGUCCUCUGGUGGAACAAGUCCAUGGCUCUUUGCCAAAGCAGAGAGAGAGAGAGAUCUAGGAUCUUGUGGGGAGUAAACAGUAUUUUCAUGGAAGGCAAUUUCCACUCAAAACACGUAGCAAUCACCAAGAAGCCCUAUGGUCUGAGGGCCUUGUGACAGUUAAAGGAAAUAGCCAGGAAGAACUGAAAGCAUGGCAACAGCCCAGAAGCAAAGGAAUUCUUUGAGUGCCGCAAUCUUUCCCAACAAAAUAACAACCGAGCAGCAAUCGCUGGUCCUGGUGAAGAGGCUGCUGGCCAUAGCUGUCUCCUGCAUUACUUACCUAAGAGGAAUAUUUCCAGAAUAUGCCUAUGGAACCAGAUAUUUAGAUGACCUCUGUGUGAAAAUACUGAGAGAAGAUAAAAACUGCCCUAGUUCCAGUCAGCUGGUGAAAUGGAUGUUGGGAUGCUACGAUGCACUGCAGAAAAAAUAUCUCAGAUUAAUCGUUUUGGCGGUGUAUACUAAUCCAGAUGACCCACAGACAGUUACAGAAUGCUACCAAUUUAAGUUCAAAUAUACUGAAAAAGGACCAUCAAUGGAUUUCACAAGUAAAAACCAGGUGAGUGAUUCCAGCAUCACGUGUGCUGAUACUAAGAAAGCGAGUAUCCUGCUGAUCAGGAAGAUCUACGUCCUCAUGCAGAAUCUUGGCCCUCUCCCUGAUGAUGUUUGUCUGACUAUGAAACUAUUCUAUUAUGAUGAAGUGACUCCUGCUGACUACCAGCCUCCAGGAUUCAGAGAAGGUGACUGUGAAGGGAUGACAUUUGAGGGGGAGCCCAUGUACCUAAAUAUUGGUGAGGUUCCCACUCCUUUCCAUAUGCUGAGGCUUAAAGUGACAACGGAGAAGGAUCGAAUGGAGCAUGUUGAUAAAGCCAUACUAAGGCAAAGCAAUUCUUUGAUUUCUCCAAAGACGCAACAUCCCGACAAAGGACAAGGACAGGACAUGGAUGAAGAUUUUAUUACAAAAGAGAAAGGAAGACAGCAAAGAAACACAAGCAGAUCUGUACAUGCUGGAGAGCUAAAUUUAGAAUGUGAGGAGGAAGAAGAAAACACAAAACCAGACGAACAGCAAAACCUCUCCGUUAAUAACUCUCAGGUGGAACAUCUAAUAAAUAAGACAUCAGAGCUUGAAGUAGUUGAGGGGAAGACCCGAAGCGGGAAGAGAUUUCACUGUAACAGAGUCUAUCAUUUUGAAUUCUCUCCUAGUCAAGAUUCGGGCCCCAAGCGAAGAAAAUUCAGUGAACCAAAAGAACAGUUUUAGAUAAUCCUGGUGAUUUUACUACCCAUUUUGCUUAGCUGGAGAGUGGCUUGUGACUCUAAUCUAAAUUUUCCUACCCCAGCCACUGUUUUGGUUAGUAUUUUAAUGUUUUGAAGGAGGAAUCUGUCAAAACCAUUUAUUCCCCUCCCCCACACUUCUUAUCUUUACAGUCAAAAGCAUAGUCUUUUAAUUCAAAUAUCCUCAUAAAUUCAAACACCUCACAUUUCAACCAAAAAUGGCUUUUCUCUGGAAGCAUUUAAAUGUAAUUCUGAGAGGGCAAAAAAAAAA